UAUAAGAAAUACAUUUUUUUUAACACUCGAGAUAGAUACGAACAUUGUAUAAAAGGAAAUGUUUGGACUUGUAUUUAUUUUCGGGGAAUUCAUUUCCAAAUACUUCAAUUUAGAGUAAUUUGACGUCUUCGUUCUCUUAGAAACACUUUUGGAAAGAAACAUUGGAAAAAUAUUACUAACGUGGUAGGAAUAUUAAAUUGUUUCAGUGCAAUAAAUAAUGCGAAACCUUUAAAAACUUGCGGUCUUAUGUCGAAGGUGGUUCGACAAAAAUCCACUGAAAUCAACAAAUCUGGACCACACAGCGUUAGUGCCAAAUAACACAGACUGUUAUUGCUUAUGUAGAGUGUUAACCUUUGUCGUACUACACGAUGAUACUAGCAACGAUCGUUGCGUAUAUUUAAGUGGAAAUUCGGUGUAAUUACAUUAAUUGAUUUUGUGAAAAAAAAAACAUUGAGAGGCGGCGUGGAUAAAUUCGAAGAUACACUUCAGGAACUGUUAUUUAUUUUCAAAAAUCUAUCCAGAAUGCAAACAGAAUUUCAGCACUUUUGGCUUUUACACUUUUAAAUUCCAUAGCACUGCAUAGGUUAAACAACAAACAUCGACGUUUUAAGGUGGUACAAUGUACGUAUAAAAAUUUAUUCGCAAAUCAUGUUGCGUCGAAUGGUUACAUUUUCGUUUUUCUUUUGUGAAAUUUUUCAUUAUACAAUUAUUGGAUUUCCAAUAGCAACAAAACACGAUUUGUCACAUUUGAUAAAAUAUAUCCGUUAAUUUGUAACAGUUUUCACAGUUUCGCGUAUACAGCAUGAAUGUAACAAUAUUAACAUCUAACAUUGACACUCCCACGAUGUCUGUAAAUAUAGUUUAUAACUGGAUUAUAAGUUAAAUGGAUGUACUCUGGGCGGCACGUGUUGAAUAAUUUAAAAAGUCUCUACUGCUAACAAGGUCUCAAAGGAAACACGAAGGACGUGGAUUAAUGUUACAGCGUGACAAAUUAUACAUCAGAUAUAUUUUAUGAAUCGUGAUGUGAAUACAAUUUUUGAUUGCUUCGAAAAAAAUAUAACAAUUACUCUUAAUUUCAAUAUUGUUGGAAGUACUUCUAAACAGGAAAACUGUUUUUCGUUGUAAGGUAUUUAAUUUCAAAGAAUACAGAAUAAGCGGUUACUCGUCUCCUUUUUGUUAUUCGAAAUGGUUAUUUGGAUAAAAAUUUUGUCGUCUUUGGUGUCCGUCCGAAGCAAGUCUUCGCAACAUGUUCCAAGAACGUGACUGGACAUCCAGACCCGAGAACAAUAAAGUGAAAGUAACAGAAGCUAGGCCUCUUUUCAAAUGGUCGACGAUGGUUGUCAUCGAAUCCGUCAAUUGACGCGGAAACAUGAAUAGUCAAGCGAACGGUCGAGCGGAGCCAGUAGUGCUAGAUAAUUAAUUGAAAGUGCUGCGACGUGAAACGAAUCGAAAACUAUUUUAUGAAAAUAAGAUGUACGAGUGGUCCAACGUAUUUUGCGAACUAUUCUAUGAGCAUUAAUAGCAAUUUUUUCCGUAGUUAUAAGGUAUACAAAAUUGAUAAACUUUUAGUUUGACCUCAAGAAACUACUUAUAAAGUUAUUGGCACGAUAGUACACAGGGUGAUUAAUUGUAAAAAUGCCACCUGAAUAAUUCGUUUGCUUUUAGCGAGAGAAAAAAAAACGUAGAAGUCCUCGAUCAAAGAUUGAACGACAGUGGUCGAAAACCCCUUUGCAUCAAAAAUAAAACGACUUAUAUACUUUACCUCAAAAAACAGUUUUUUUUUUUUAUUUUUUGUUGAUGCUCAGUAAAUACAGUUCUGUUAUCAAGCGCACCAGUAAACCCUAAGCUGAGAAGCGAUUUGUGAUCGAACGCAACAGUAAAUCCAAAGCUGAAAUUGGAAAAGUCCUCGUUUAAUUCUUUAUCCUUGAUCCUUUGAUUUUCUCCAUUGAUCCCUUCAAUUUAUUAUUUCCGUUUGAUCUCUAGAACCCUCUCCGGUUCUUACAGGAGCUCUGGGGCAGAUUACUGUAUACAGUAAUCUCGUAACACUUUCCAAGUUUUACUUCGCUCAACGAAAGUAUAACCUUGGCAUUCAACUUUUGUUUUCAUAUCAAAAGUAAGUAAUUGUUCAUUUGAGAAUUUUUACACAUUUGAACUUAGAAUUUGCAAUCUCAUGUAAAACAGUGCGCCAGUAUUGUGAAAAAAUGAUCAAAAACCUGAUAAAAGUGUAUAUCGUUUGCAUUUGUAUAAGAUCAUUGUAUUACGGGAUGAGAGGCUCGUAGAAAGCACCCUGAAGAAGGAUAGGGAAUGCUUUAUCCUUGUUGACCGACUAGCGGGCUGCGUUAAAUCUACUAAAUACAACCUUCGUUUUAAAUCUUUAUAUUACAAAAAGUGACCACGUAUGAUAGGUCUAUGAAUUCGUCUAAAUAAAUGCUGUCCUGUUAUGCAUAAAAAUAUAAAAGGUUCAACAAAAUUCUUUAGACCGCGUAGGUUGCCUCUUGAAUUUGCCCAUUUGAAGUUUCUCGUACAAAAUUGUACGUAUACUUGCGAUUACGAUUGAAACCCCGAUCUCCGCUUACUUGCUUGUUGAAAAUGAAUGUCACUUUUGCACAUUUUACGCGUUCCCAACGAAGAAAGUGUAGUAAUAACUGCAAAGAAAUUUAAAAUACAGUAUCCAAACGAACUGUAGCUGAUAACGUCGUUGCGGACACUGUUCUCUUCGGACGUCCCUACACUUUGAAAAAAUUCAAAAAACCAAAAAGAAAAAUGAAUAUUUUGUAACGUUCUAGACUAGAAUACCCCCGUGAAUCGUAUCUACGCCUCGAAGAGUUACCGAUGAAGUCGAAUAAUGAUCCACGAAAAAUCCCGUGAUCCCGAUGAUAGCCGCGGCGGCUUCGCGAAGAAUCUGACAUACCUGAAUGGCCAGGUAGCGUCUCGGCCAAUCGUCUUCCACGCUUUGUUUACGUCCUCGUGUCCGGUCACGCGGUUGGCUACGGCGAGUCGCUUGUGUAAGGAGCCUUUCAGUCCGUGAUCGUUCGCGUGCUCGGUUGUUUCGCCGCCGCCGACGCGUCGAUCUCGCCUUCGAGAAUAUCACGAUCCAGUCGUAAAUCGCGAUCCAUCGACGGUGCGCUUUCGAGUGGCCUAUAUCGUGAACAGGUGAACCGGUUGGGAAUUUGUGUGUUUCGUGCGGGGAACCAGUGGCGAAGUGUCCAGCGGUGCGUGGCGUCGAGAUCGCCGUAAGACGUCGAGAUAAACGGAUCAUUGGACGACGUUUCCCCCGGAGGCUCGCGAAUACGUCAUGGCGUCGGUGGGUUCGCGAAGAUUGGCGCAAAAAUUGAAACGCCGGUCGAAUUGGUCGCCGACUUAGCAUGACCGUUCACCCCUCCGGUGGUCAGGAUUUCCGCCGCUUUGAUCGAUAUUUUGAGCCCUCUUAGAUGCGAACGCGAGAACACUGUUUCGAAUUGUUUCGCGUACACAGAACUCAUACUUCAAAGCGUCGUAUCCUCGCAAAAACUGGAUGAUUACUACAACUUUUCUUUUAAUGCGCAGUAAAGGAAUGACGAACAAAGUAACUACGAGUUACUUUAUUUAAUUAUGUUGAGCCAUUCGGAGAUUACGACAUGGACAUUUACUACCUUCAAUGAGUAAUUAAUAAACACUAUAAAUUAUUAUUAUACGAUCUUUUGUUGGUAAAUUCUACUAUGGAUGUCUAUUUACAGUUUGUAAUAUUUAAUAAUAUUAUAUUGUAUAUUAUUAAAGUUUUAAUUUAGACAGAAAAAAAUGUCCAACGUCUGAAAAACAUUUACAACGAGAUAUUACAAAUAAAAUAAAUAAUAUUAUUUUGAUACAACGAUAUAACUGAAUAUAAUCAAACAGUAUAUUAUUAGAGUUUUCAUUUAGAUAGAAAUAAUGUCCAACAUCUGAAAAACAUUUACAACGAGAUAUUACAAAAGAAAAUAAAUAAUAUCACUUUGGAUACAACGAAGAAAUUAAUAGCUAGGGCGUCGAGAUUGGCAAAAGAAAUUUUAAGAGCACAUAGCGGAUAGAUUAAUGAAAAGAAAAUAGAAUUGCUUCUAUCAUUCCUCCUAAAAUAUUAAAUAAAUAAUUGGUGAAAUAUAUUAUCUAAUGCGAUACAAAGUAUGUACAAAUACAUGAGUGAUAUUCAUUAACAGAUUCGUAAUUUCCUUUAGAUAUAUGUAUUUCGAUCGAGUAAGUGUGCACGUAUUUAUAAGCGUAGGUGUACAUGCUCUCGUUAGACAGACCGUAAUUAUCCGUAUAACGUUCACGUCAAAUAUUCAUCACGUAUUACUACGCCCAUCUAUCCUUCUCCAGAGACCACAGGAAACUUUAAAUAGCAAAAAGAGUCGCAAAAAGUGCAAUCACUUCGAGAAUCUCUGCACGGACGUCACGGGAAUUGCUCGGGCAGCUCGGCCACUGGAACCGCGUAGGACGUUACGACGUAACCAUUGCCAUAACUUUGCGUCACAAAGAGAUAUACUUGUGAGAGACAGGUGUCGCUCUGGAUCUAGAUCGGGUAUUCCCUCGAGCGUAAACUACACGGAGAAAAACCGUAGCGUAUUUUGUAUUUAAUGACCGCGACAUCGUCUGUUCGAACAUUUAACCCUUUCGUGUUUAUGCGGUGUCGCCUUCAACACAAACCAGAAUUUUAUACAAUUUAAAAAAACGAACGAAUUAAAUAAAUAAAAAUUAAUCGAAGAUCGACCACCUCGGUCUAUAUUACAAACCAUGUAAUUGGGGGCUGUUCAUUAAUUACGUAAGGAUCUCGAGUGGAAGGGGCGGGAAGUUAAAAAUUUCGAUAUGACUUUGCCUCGAGAGGGGACAGAGUUAAAGCCAUUCUUAGUUUGCAUCGAAUGCAUUGAUCUUUUACGGAUACAAAGACUUCUGUUGGAAAUUUUGUAGAUUGUUGUCACGCGAAAAAUAACAAUUCAGUUUAUCGACAAAGGCAUUCAACCAAAAAUAAUGCAGUUCAUGAAGUUAGAGAUUUGUUGGGAAAAUUGAAUUUCAGGAAAAUGGUCUAAGUUUUCAAUUUUUAUGUCUGAAAUUAAACGUCACACGAAUAAACUGUACAUGUAUACAAAAUCGUUUCGUUUUGUCGUUCUCUAUACGGUGCUUUUUUAAAUUCAAUUGUUCGACUCAUUUUUUUCUCUUGAAAACAACAGCAACAGAAUCAGAUCGCUACGAGAUCUCAGGAAAAAGGUCUUUCAAGUUUUUAAUUUUUAUUUUAGAAACUAGACAUCCUAUAAAUAAACUGUAAAUAUAGAAAUGUUCCGUAUAAGCUGAUGUUUCUUUUUUAAAAUUCACGCCUCCACGGCUCUUAGAACUUCCAAGAAAAAUCGUCGCGCAGUCAAAGGGUUAAUAUAUUCGUAUUGCUUCGAAAAGGAGCAAUAAAAUCGUCGAUGAAUAAAUGAAUCGCGAGAUUCCGUGGCCAGGGAAACGGAAAGAUGUCUGACCGCGGAGGGUGAAGUUUUCAGCCGUGAAAAAGCCGUCGCGCCGCAGGGAUGCGGUCGAAGAAAAAACAGUAUCGUUUCGCGAGAUAUCGAGAGCGGCGCAUGGAAGGACGAGACGCGACGAAAAUGAACGGAGAGGUUUGAGGGACACACGGUGCAAAAGGUGGAGGACCUUGCCGCAUCUCCGUGGAAGAGUGAGAGAGAUAGUGAUAAACCGGUUUCUGCAUUUGGUGCAACGACGCGCCUCCUGCGUUUUACCGGCGAGUUUUCAGGAAGAAAUUUCCACGCAUCGGGGCUCCGUUACUUCCUUUAAUUCACCGGUCGGAAAGCGUACAAGAUCGGCUUUCGCUCUUCAUGGAAACGCCCUUGGGCGCUUUAGUCCGGCCUGGAUGUACCUGUAGAGGAGUUGUACUCUUUGCAAGGGAUGGAGUUCCUGGAGGGAUUCGGGAAGAAAAAGCAGCAGCCACAUCAGCAAACGAACAACAUAGCGUCGGUGCACAUCAAUCCCUUGUCGGCACAGUCCCUCAACAUACACCUGCAUGCCCUCUUCGCAGCCGUGGAGCAUGGCCAUUUGGACAAAGCCAGAACUAUUUUGGAAUCGACUGACGUGGACGUGAACAGUGUAAACAGCGACGGUUUGUCAGCUCUGGAUGUCGCGGUCCUCAGCAACAAUAGGCCUCUUGCAAAAAUGCUGGUCGCUUUCGGCGCACAGGAAGGUAACCAAUUCAAAUCUCCGGAAUCGUUGGGUAGCCAUUUGGCCUCGUUACUGUCGGAAGCGGAGCACAGGGUCCAGGAACUUGGCGGAAGUACUUCCGGUAGCGCCGGGACCACCCUUUUAGAGCCACCGAGCAGCCAUAGAUCGAGUUUUUCGUCGCAGCACAACAAUCUCACGGGAUGCGGCGGUAGCACUGAAGACAAGCAACUGGCUUUGUGGGAAAGGAGAGCGAGAGCUCUCAGGAAAAUGUUGCUCGGGUUUGAUCAAGCGAGACCACCAGACAUACCGUUCCUGGUCGCAGUCGAUGUUACGGGGACGAAUUCUGUGACAGUGAGAUUCCAGGAGCCAGAUUCUCACGACUCGCCCAUCUGCACGAAGUUCAAAGUCCAGUGGAGCGUCAAAGAGGACUUCUCCGUGAUCUGCGGGGAUAGAGAAGUUCUAGACAUGAAGCAGAGGGAGUGCAGAAUCGACGAUCUGAUCCAAGGACAGAAAUACCACUUUCGAGCUGCUGCUGGAAAUCUGAAGGGCUACAGCAGGUUCAGGAACUCGACACCUGCUCACGUCACACCCAGCAGUUGGAGGGACAUCGAUGGCAGGUUGCCAAGGUUUGCUGGCCGAUUGGAGCAACUGAAUACUCUGUUCACCGAUAUAAGGCGACCAGAGUACACUCAAGAAACACCAGCGGUGCAGAGGCGCAAUCACAGGAAGAAAACUACGAUAAAACAGCUGUUCACGGCUACGAGUAAAUUCCAAAAGAAUCUGAGGCGGGGCGUAUUUCUUGCCUGUCUGCUCUAUCACGAGGAUAAGGUGCUCGUGACAAACGAGGAUUUCCUACCGGUGAUCGAAGUCGAUGAGACUUACCCAAGCUGUAUUUACAACGACUUCCAUUGGCUCAUGAAAGUGGCCUGCACUUGGGACGACGUCAAGACACUUCGUCAAGACAUGGAGAAAAGUCAUAGCAGCUCUACGAAUCACUUCAGGAUAAAGCUGCUGCAGGCUGCUGCACAAAUGCAGGCAGCACUGUGCAUACAAGACCUGGGGCAAUUAUACCAUAAACCGGUCAGAGACAUCCAAGGGACCCUAGUUUUCUCUACGGUGAAUUACAUUAAAUCUCCAAAAUUGAUCUCGGUAUUGAACAGCAGAUGGUUGCCACUCAGUAAAGUCACGAAGAAGGUCAUAACCCACGAGGACAGCAACGUGGCGGACAUCUUAAUAGCCAGCAUACAAGAACAAAUGACCUAUCAUCAAGUCAGCAGUAUUAAACUGUCAAAGGGAUUGUAUCUUGGCUACCUGAAGAUGCAGAGUAGCGUAGAUCUCAUCCAGGUUGUGGUACCCGCGAAAGCACCCAAUGUCUUACCUCAUUGCAAGAUUCGUGACAAUCCGCACGUUUCCGCCGAAGAGUGGGAUUAUCUGAAAAGGAUAACUCGUAUCCACGCAUCGGACACUUCAGUGAAGGACUCUGAAGAAAAGGAGAACGUAACGAACGAGUCGCAAGGUACCGAGCAACAAAAGCUAUUCGUGGAUCUGGUCGCUGCCACCGCGAGACGAUUGUUCAAUUAUAUGGAAAUCAAUCCUGAAGAUUCUCUGUGCCAUCGACUCUACGACGCUGAAGUUAUUGAUCUGACCCACGACGUGUCCUUCGUGAUCGCCGUACCUCCAGCAGAAACCGCCUGCUGCGUACCUGGGACCAGAGAAAUCCUUCUACAGAGGGGCGAUCUUCUGUCGUUACCUAUCCAAGUAUUCGAGAUGGUACACUUAAACACGUACCAAAAAGACGUAAUCAAUAGAUACUCGAGGUUAAGCUGCAUCCUGGAACUGGAUACAGCCCAAGCUCAACACAGCCACAGGGAAGCCUUCAGCUCUCUGGAGUUGAGCGUGGCGAAGGACAAGUUGGCCAGGUUACAGGAUCUUCAGUCGCAAGUGAACACCGUCUGGAAAGGCGCUAGAUGGCUAAUAGACGUGAUCACGUUCGCAAGGGACCGUGGAUCUUCGCAGCAAACCAGUGCGUCGCAGGCGGUUGGAAUUUCAAUGAAGCACUUGCUUAGUCUCGACAGGAACAAAAGCAACAGUAACAGUAACAGUUUGAAAAGGAGUUUGCUGCAGUUGCCGCCACGCGAUCCGAAACUCGUCAAGUCCAGUCCAGGUCGAGGCAGUUGGCCGGGACCCAACGUGGCCAACUCCUCCUCGAAUCUGCUCACGACAGAGUUCAGCAAAAGCGAGCAACAGUUGCCCAGCGGCCAGUACAUUCGCAAAGGCAGCAACACCUCUAACGUGUCGACCGGCUCGGUGCCUCAAAAGUCCUCUGUACCGAUAAGCAGCACCAGCAAUCUUAGCAACGCGACGAGCGCCAGCAGUACAAACCAUCUGGUACCGUUGCAGAACACGAGGCUACCACCCUCCAAGUCCGAGGACACUCUGAUCUUAGCAAAAUAUAAACAAAGUCCCCGAAAUAGGUCAGCAACGAUCACGUCUGCAUCGGCCAGUAGCAGUCCAUUGCUCAGCAUGAAGCCCAUCAUUUACGGCGGAUCGCUUUUAAGCGUCUCGACAGCCAUGACGAACACGACGAGUUUGCUCAGCGUCAGUAACACCAAUUCCGACAGUUUGCACUCCCUGAGCAGCGACGAAUACUCGACACCCAACUCGACAGUCUGUUUAAAAUCUGGCCACACCAAAGGGAAAUCCUCCAAACCCACCGCUAGCGUCGCUGCAAUGGCGACCGGAGCACUGGAGAACCAGAUGGAAGAAGAAAAAGACGAAGCAACGAUGAUGCCAGCACCGCCGCCUGGCAUACUUCAGGUUUACGCGGCCUACGAGACCGGCCUGGCCUCUGGAACCAGCCUGAAAUUGCACGUCACGCCGAGGACCACGGCCAGAGAAGUCGUCAAUCUGGUUGUGAAGCAGCUGAACAUGGCAAUGGUCCUGAAGGGCCAAGAGGGCCCCAUUUAUACGCCCGACGAGCUGCCAAACUUCUGUUUGGUGGCUGUGAUAGGCGCGAGAGAACGUUGUCUCAGGGACGACUUUAAGCUCCUCCAGCUGCAGAAUCCCUGGAAGAAGGGUAGACUGUACGUGAGACAGAAACAGGACGUCCUCGCAGCCCUCGAGCACAGUAGCAAACAUACAGCGUAUUUAUAGCACAAGUAAAAGAGUAAGAAGGAGGAGAUUACAUAGAAACGAUCUCGAGGAUGAGACAAGAAACCCCUGUCCCCGGCGAUAGCGCGUAAGAAACUCUGUCUCGUAAAUGAUUGGCAAUAGAAGCCAAAGAUCAUUUCGUUCGACGCGUUCCGCGUCAAGUGGGCUUUCAGAUUCCCACUAGAGCUUCGAUAGAGUCGAGUAUUCCAUAUUUCAUUUCUUCUGGUUUAUUUCCACAUGGAAUGGAAGGUUGUAGAUAUUCUCUCGAAGGCAUAGACUUGGACGGACACGGAACGCGUUGGCGUGUAUAUAAAGCAAACGCUUGCAGUGGCUACACGACGAGUUUUCGGUUCUAUGUCGAGGCUCUAAGUAAAUUACAUGUAAUUAGAUAGAGGUGUGCAAGAGUGAUAGCGUGUCGAGGAUUGAGAAAUACUACACGAUAAUUCCCGCUUUCGAGUGACAAUUAUUACGCCAUUUAUAUGAAGCUGAUUUUUAUUACGCGUAUGUAUUUUUAUUAUCGAUCUAACAAAUGUGAAGUGACUCGUAUUGUUUCGGUCGCGACGUAAAAAAUUGGUGUACGCGCAGUCGUGAUUGUGGUUCAGCUCGAUACUGAUGCUCCAAUCCUUCUCGAAGGACCACUCAAUUGAUUAUGGGAAGACUGAUGGUAAUCCAGUCGGUACGAUCUAUAAGGAGUUGUUCUCUUUGAGGCAUCGGAAACCAUUUUCUCUCUAACGACACGAUCGAGAUCUUGUUUGAUUUCAAAAUCGCUCUUUAGGGAAGCCUCGACCCUCUUCCUGCUCCGGAUUCGGUGUCGGACUCCAUCGACGUACACAUCAACUUUACCACCGGUGCCACUUUUCCUUCUCAUCCAUCUACCCGCUUCAACCCACUCAUCCAUAGUGGGUAAUUCGCUAUUUUCAUUUUCAUUAUUUUAAUGAAAACACUUAUUUUCAAUAAAUUAAAGUUUAGAAUAGCUAAAGAGAAAAGCUGUUUUCCUGUAAAACCAGUUUUAUCUUUCUGCAAACGAUUUCAUAUACUCGAGGAAGUGAAAACAAUUAUAUUUCAUGGAAAACAAAAGAAUACACAUUUUUUUUUUUUUUUUAAAGCGAUAUAAAGGGAAAGCUUAUUAAGUGUUUUUUACCUAAUUGACGGGUGAAAAUAUUCUCCAUGCACUACUUUGUUGCACUCGAAACGUGCAAUUCUUGAUCUAGAUCUUGGUUUCGUGCUACACGCUACGCAGUUUCUCUCUUUUUUCUCGAGUAAUUUACGAAAACGUAUUAUUAAAGAACUAUUAGUAGUUAAAGCGUUUAAGUUUUUUACUUUCAUCCAAUUUUCAGCUGACUUCUCAAUCAUUUUUACGAUAAAUUCAUGUACGUACGAUUCUUGCAUUAAGCGAACAUUCUGCUAUGUUAGAUCGGAUUAAAUCUCGGUAAAAUUCGAAAUUUCAGCUCAAGAUAUUCCUUGGGAAAUCCGCAAAGACGACAUAUUGACACCAAGGUAUUAAGAGGUUUAGCAAGAUCAUUUUGCUAAACCUCCAUAGCACUUAUAUUUUAUUAGAAAAAAGAAAACCAUAUUCAAGUAACGGAAUCAUCCGCCAUUUAUGUUUAUAAACUGCGAGCAAUUCUUGUCGGCCUCGAAUGCUUUUCCAACUUGGUUUCAAGUAAAUCGAAGAUUUCAAUGUUGUCACUCGAUGGCGAGAAUUAUCUUAUUGACGCGACCCGCACAUUCCAGCCGAAUUUCGAUCCGCAACGUUGCCGUUGAGCGAGCAGUUUGCAAAAGAAUGGAUAAUACUCAAGGUAUACUGUUACAUUUUAAGUACCGAUCUCAGUGUCUCGCUCGAGUGUGAAUCGAAUGCUUGAGAGAUCUCAUCGUCCGAAUUGUAUUCGUAUCCACGUAAUUCUUGAACGAAUCGCACCUUCUAAUAUGCACUGUUUUAUUAGUUAGUUUCGUUAUUAAUUGUUAAUCGCAAUCGACGAGGAUUGGUACUCCGAAUGGAUGAAGAAUACAAUCUCGAACAAGGUUUUGUUCCGUAGGUGAUUGCUUGUAGGAUGUGAAACCAAUUUGAAACUAAAACAUAGUUUGUUGAACGCAUUCAUUUACUUCUUUUUAAAUGUGUCGGCCUCGCGUCCAGGUCUUCUCCGGUAAACGAUUGUAUAAUGUACAAUAUUACUAAAAUAAGCAAAAAUUCAGUUGCAUCGAGCAUUGAUGAAGAAACGAGUCACUAAAAGAUAGUUUGUCAAAGCCAUUUAUUUAAUUCUCUUUAAAUGUUUAGAUCUCGCGUUCGCCUUCUUCGAUAAAUACUUGUAUAGCGUAUAACAAUACAAAGAUAAAGAAAAAAUCAGUUCAGACAAGCCUCGUUGAUAGGCUCAAGAAACGGGCCACUAAAAAAUAGUUUGGUAAACGCAGUUAUCUAACUUUCUUCAAGUGUUUUCAACCUUACUUUCAGAUCUUCUUCGAUAAACAAUUGUGUAAUACAUAACAUUGAUAUACAAAACUGAAGAAAAAUUAGUUUCGACGAGCUGCUCUCAGUCGAGCCUCGUCGACAAGCUCGAGAAACGGGCCACAGUUCUCGGAGCGGAUUACUCAGCCUAAAAGAGUCUCCGUUCUCGUCGAGGCUCCAUUGUCGUGCCGAAAUCGAGCAAUUCUUUUCCGUUGGACGUCGAGAUCGUCCCAUUUUCCCCGGAGAUCCGUUAGAAGAUUGUCGGCUCUUGUUUUGAAGCGAACGAAACGAGCGACAAUGAACGAAAGCGUCCUGAAUAUUAAGCAGUCACUCAAGGUGCUUAGGGGAUAGAGGAUAGCGAUUAGGACGAAGUGCGAUCGAAAAGCGUGCAGAUGUGAUCCAGAUGAAAGAGGCUUAUAGACUGUUGCGUAGAGUAAACGAAAAGAGUAUUACUACGAUUAUUUUUAUUCUCGGCGUCGUCGCGCGUUUUUCUUGCGUCCAUUAUUUACACGCGAGUAUUCGGGUAUAUUUUUGUCACGGGAUAGUUCGCUCUCUUUCGCGUUCUCCAAGCUCUCGGUGUCUUCGAAAUGUUGCAUUUGUACAUUUGUAUUUUACCAAACGAGAAUUGUGUACGUUCGUCCCAACCUUUUUCUUCUCUGUUGAGGAAGGGAUAUAUUUGCGAAUUAGAAGGUUCUCAGCGGAGUCCCACGUAUUCGAGGACUGAGAUCCCGGAUCAUAAACACCGCCAUUGGCGAUAAAUAUGGUGCAGAGCGGAUUGUAUGAUACAACCUGAACGCACGACACCGCUGUACUACGUUUUCAGCAAACAAUGCAACUCAACUUGCAGAAUGUCUCGAAAUUAUUACGCGGGUCUACGGUAAUUUAUGCUAUUCGUUAAUAAUUUUUUUAUGCGAGAUUCAAGUAAAGAAAUUAUUUUUGUUCAUUGAACACAGAUCUUUAUUGGCUUUUUAUUAAGAUCAAAUACGUUGCUUUCAAAUGAGAACAUAAUCCCGAGUUUCUUAUGUGAAAUGUUACUGUACUAUGAAAAUUGAGAAUCUUGCGAUGUGUAUCAUUUUUAACCGACUUCGUUGUAUUUUAAGUUCUUGGUAAUAGUGUGAAAGCAUGAAAAUUUCCUUUUGAUUGCGAAAAUUGAAUCUUCGCUGCUAAUGAAAUUGAAUAAAUUUAAAAUAACAGUUGUGUUUUGCAUGUGUUGUUACAGAAAACAAGUAGAAUACACCGGAUGCUUGUAUUGUCAACUUCUUUUAUUACUUUGAAGAAUAUCAAAUAAUAAAAAGGAACAGAUAAUGAAAGUGUAUUUCAAUAAUCUCUGUAAGUAUAACCAAUUCGUAAUUUGUUAACGAUUGUUUCUGUAACAGUACAUAUCAGAAAUAUUAUAUUAAGUUUAACCAUAGUGUGUAAAUUAUAACUUUGAAGACCAAAAAUUUGGUCAAAAUGUUGCUUUAUAUUGCUUUAAAUCAUUCUAAACAUCCCGAAACAGUAAUUAUCGUUUAUUUAUUGUGUUUAAGAUAUCUAAACGAACAAAUAAUCGAUAGCCGUUUAAAAAAAAAAAAUGAAAACAAUUGCCAGAUUUUGGGAAUUUAUUCUUAGACCAAUGCUUCAAAGGCACACAGUGAUGUGCAACGUUGAUUAGCGUUAAUGUGAAGAUCCGUCCUUACAAAAUUGAAUAGUGGUGUCGUGCAUAGGUCACCUAAGUUUAAUCAAAAAAUAUACGAUGCGCAUAUUUUUUUAUCGAGAGAGAAAGAAGUGAAGAGAUUUCUACUAUAUUUUACCGAGGUUCAUACCGAUCCGUGUGCAUUCUCGAGUUUCACACGAAGACGUGGUCUGCGUAUACAGCAGAAAGGAGAGUAAUAGGGAGAGUGUGCAACCAGAAUGAGAGAAUGCGAGAGCAGAGGAAGAUGCGAAGAGAAAAUUUAACGAAUCGUUAGAAAAAUUUAUUAGCUCUACCUGAGUGUCUAUUGAUGUUGAGUGUAAAAUAAUCACUAGCAGUUUUAAGCGUUACCACGGGAGGAAAACGACGAAAUAUGCGAGCAGCCUAGAUAUUCCUCCCCGCUACCCCCCAAAAAAAGUAACAGAAAUAAAUAAUGAAAACGGACGAGGAAACGAACUACUUGUAAAUAUACAAAGAAAUCUAUGUAUGUAUAAAAUAUAAAUGAGAAUGAUCGAAGAA